AUGUCAAACAUCACUGGAGACGUUUUAUUUCGUGCAGUAACAUCCAACGACGAGAGGCUCGCAUCACAGUUAAUACUGGAAUUCAAAGCUCACAUCAAAAGAGAUCUUGUUAAUUUGUUUUACGUACCGAAAUAUUUUGAAACACUAAUAUUGGCAUACAGCAAGCCAAGCCUGACUACCAAUUCAUUUUCGACUAUUUGCCAUUUGGUAAAGCGUGUGAGUAUUCAAGACUCAAAAGUGCUAAAGCUGGUAGAUUUCCAGGUUGUGCCCUUCCUUAUAGAUCGCCUCAACGAUGAAAAGCCAUCACUCAAAAAUACAGCCAAAAAAGCUAUGCUGACUUACUGGCAAUCUGUGCCAAAUGAAUUUGAGAUGACUUUGAAAUCGUAUGGUUUGCAUCAUUUUGACUCAUCAAUAAGAUACGAAGUGCUUAGAUUGCUUUGCGAAGUUGUUGACAACACUCCAGGAUUUAGUUUCAAGACUUUUCUUCCGGAAACGGUAAUGUUACUAGAUGAUAAAAUCCAGCAAAUUUCCGACGCUGCCUUAGAGCUACUAAUUUUGGUGUUUAAAGUCGUCAACCCUAACAACAGAACUGCAAAAAGCGACUUGAUUAGUCAAUUAUUGAAAUGCAAGGUAUCUCGUUCUCAGUCAAUUAGAGCCUUAAACCAUAUUGAUGAAAGCCUGGUGGCAGAGUACACCAAGUCAUUAGGUCAAGCAUCCUUCGUCAGCGCGGGACCUAUAAAAGUCACCACAUCAAUGACUUCAAACCAAAAAAACGCUACCUCCAACUCUGGCUCUGAGAGCAAAGCUCACGAUCGACAAAAGCCAAAGGUAGCAGUGAGUAAUCAUUCACUCAAGAUGCAGGCUUCCGGUAUGCAACUACGUACGGGGUCCAAGGAAAGUUCACUCAAAGAACCUUCAAAAACUGUACUCGAUAAAAGCGAGCAAAGUAAUUUCGAUGCAGAAACUGAGCCAACGAUUUCAGACUUUGUGACAGGAAUACCUCUUUACUCUAUACAAGACUCACUGAAACCCAUAAAUUUUAAUGGAGAAGAGCAAUUGACGGAAAAACUUAACUCGCUGACAACACCUUUUCAAGGCAAAGAAACCGAAUUUAACUGGGCUCCCAGAGAGCAGGCGAUUGUCCAGCUACGAUGUAUAAUAAGAGGGAAUGCAAUUACGGAAUAUCAAGAGCUGAUCGCACAGUUUUUGAAGAUGGAGAAAGAUUGUAUAUGCAAAGCCGUGUCCUCGCUGCGCACUACCCUUUCAAGUCACGGAUGUCAGUUAUGCAAAGAGCUGGGAAUUUACUUUGGCCCUUAUCUGGACAACAGUCUGGUGGAUUCACUGGUUGUCUCAUUAAUCAAACUCACAUCUUCUCGCAAAACCAUUUCACAACAAAAUGCGAACGCAGGCGUCAUAGGUCUGCUCGUAAACUCUAGUUACAGUCAGAGAUUGGUAAAUCAAAUUACUAUUGCGGCUCAGGAUAAAAAUGCACAGCCCAGGGCCUACGCAGGAACGUGGCUUCAUAUUCUACUAGUCAAGCACAGAGAUAACAAGUCCGUCGUCGAUAACGUGGGAUUUUUAGAGCCUGUUGAAAGAAUCAUCGCCAAAGGUGUCGGGGAUCCUUCGCCUGCCGUUAGAGAUUCGAUGAGAGCUGCAUUUUGGUGUUUGAACACUAUAUUCCCCUCGAUUUGCACCCGUAUAGUGAGUCGACUAGACCCCAGCACUUUGAGAGCUUUGGAAAAAUCUAAACCAAGACCAAACUAUCAACUUUCAAGUCAGACUUCCAUACAAAAGACGAACACUAGGCCAUCAAUGAAAGAACUUAUCAUGUCAAAGCAAAAAGAAGCGCAUCAGUCAAAUGCAAAGAAAAUAGGACUUGAAUCAAAGACUGUAGCCCCCCGAAAAAGUCUUGAUAUUCACGAUGAUGGGCCUUCCGAAAAAAAGACAAGCUCCUCAAAUAGGGGUGUCUCAUGUGGAUCUGGAAAUCAGGACCAUAUUCAAUACAAUGAAAAAGAAAACGAAGAUUCUGAGAAGAAGGAUGAUCAUACGGGUACAUUCACUCUCAAUAUACCCAUUGACAAAGUUCGAAGACAUACCGAAACAUUUGACCUCAAUUCUGAAAGCGAAAAGAGAGAGCGCCAUAUAUAUGACCUACUUUCCUCAGAUGAGAGAGAAGACCAAGCCGAGGGGCUCAAGAGACUUAUAAAUGGGGAGAAUACUCAUUCAUUGAGCAAAUUCACCUAUCUCGCUAACAGAAUAUCAGUCAUAAACCCGUCCGCAUUCUUCGAUUACUGCAAAUAUCCUGAUUCAUUCAAAAAGCUGUGCUAUAUUUUGGAACCCGAGAACCUGCUUCGCAUGAUUUGCUGCUAUAAUGUGAAUCACACACUUUAUAGUGAAAACCUUACGGUCAUGGCAGAAGUAAUACAAUCAAGUGGGUUGGUCAGUGCACUUAAUGUUGUUCUGGACCUUUGUAUUGAUGCAUCCAAUUGUGAUGAUAUCAACUUGUCAAUGCAAUUCGUGAAGAACCGAGUGGAAUUCAUGGACACCUGUUAUUCGGUGGUAGAUUAUCUGUUGAGACAAAGUCGAUUCAGACUGAAUUCACCUGAAAUUAAAAUGCUACUGAGACGAUUAUUCAAAAGCUGGGAAAUUGUUCAUAUGGAACCAACAAAACUGAUCGCAAUUUUAGAAACUGCUUUUGAAUUAUAUGGGUCUGACUUUAUCCAAUGCUUCAACGAACAUGAUGACAAGAUUUUGAAGAUAGAUUUGAAAGAGAAGAUGCCUCUAGAAUUUCAAAAACGCGUUGGAUCGCCGUCAUCAUCAUUCAACGAGAAUCUUGGCUUGGCGGAAAUGGAGGAGCCCAUUGCUGAUGGACUCACUAUGGUUGUUGGAAACAGAUUUGAGCGUCCAAACGAUGUAAAAUCCGAUAUGACAAUGAUUAUGCCGAAUUUCAGGAGCCAAAAGAACCAAAGACAUCAGUUAGAGCAUAAUAAUCCUUUUGUGGAGACUGUAAACAAUCAAUCUCAUGAUUUCAAACCUAAUUACGAUAUCUCCCAGGUGUUUCAGGAUCAAAACGAAUUAGCUCGAGAUUCAAAUGGUCCUGAAUUGUUAGAUGAUAAGAUGGAGGCUGAUAGAUUGCAAGCUAUGUCCGACACCACUCCGGACCUUGAUCAGUUGACCAUAUCAGAUAAUAGGAAGGACAAUCGUGCGGAAGAGACACAAGGGGACUCGAGGGUGCCCGUUUUGCCAUCCAGGGCUUCAGAAGAGAUAAAUUCAGCAUUGGUGUCGGCAGAUCCUCUCUCCCAGAUGACUGGCUUGGCCAAGGUAGAAAUAUACGACGACAGUAAUCACACUUUGGGACAAAUGGACUCGUGGACCAAAUUCGAAGCCUACAAAAUUUCCAAGAUAUCCUACGAUAUCUCCAAAUCAGAGACACUUUUGGAAAAGCUUUCGAGAAAGACUAUCACAAAUGCAGAACUCUUUGAAAUUACUUCCUUGUUGAGCCACGAGAAUAUUUAUGAGCUCAAGCUUGUGCAGCAGGCAGCUCUGGAUUAUAUUUCCUCUAGUCCUUCUCCCGAUCACAUGUACGCGUGCAUUUUGAUUUUGCGAAUUUGCAUUUUGAAUAACAGCUGGUUCGAAAUAGGUGCGGUUUUCCACAAAUUGAUUGGCAUUUACUCUGAAUGGGAAAAUGUGACUGAUCCUGAUGAGUUGUGCCUAGCUGUCUCUGAAACUUUAGAUUUGAUUCCUUUUUCGGAACUGUACGUGGAAGCACUUCAAAACAUGAAAUCAACUAGCGUCACAAUUCAAGUUCUCCUACUAGAUAAUCUUCGAAAACACAUUUCUCCUGCCGGAUUGCACUCAGAGCUUGUCUUUAAGCUGGAUUUGAUCUUGUACAGAUACCUACACUCACAAGAUACAGCAAUUAGGAGAUCAGCUAUCAUGCUUUAUGCUGUCCUCCAGAAUUUGAAAGAUCAAGAGCUUCUGGACCAGUCAAUUACAGAGCUUAUCAAUGAUCUUGUUUUCAAAAAACUCAAUCACUCACAACUUAAGCUAGUCAAACAGUAUACGGCUGAAGUUCGAUAG